AUGCAGCUGAACGAUAGUGCGCCGGCACUCAAACCGGCCGAGUCAGCCCUGCUGAGCCGCCGCCGCCGUCGCAAGUCGCUGCCUCUGCGUGGUCAAACAGCUGGUAAUUCGGCCGAUCCAACCUCGCCCGAACUCAUCUCGUCGCUGAUCUCCUCCCUUUCCACUAUCUCCGUGCCCCUGAACUCUCAUUUCGAUAACGUGCCCCGGAUCGACUCCAAGGACUCGUCUGAUCCCGGCUUGCCCGAGCAGAAUGGCUUCGGAUUGAGCUUUGGUACUCAUCUGGAGGAACCCGAACUCGAGCACGGCCCAUUCUUGCAUCCGGAUGAUGCUGCAACAUCGCCUGUCAUUCGCAUGGCCAGAGGCCCCUCAUCGCCUAAAGCCCCUUUAUCGCCCCGUUCGCCAAAAUUCAAACCAUUCAGUAAACAACCCGAGUCAUCUCCCCGGCCCGCAUCGAGGGACUCCUAUUCUUCGGUAAGGGCCGCCCCGGAGGACACUGCUUUCGGGACCAUCAGUACAGAGCCGGGUCCUCGUCUAUCCACAGCGGUCAGUAUCGCCUCCAACAGCUCGGCCGGCCGGACCAAGAGUCUCAAGGGUCAAUUCAGUCUGCUUAAGAAAUCAUCUUCGAAGGAGCUCUUCGGCGACAAGGAAAGUCAGCUAGAGCGACUGAGAAAGACAAGCAGUCUGAACAAUAUUCCUCGUAGCCGAGCUAGCCUGCGCUCCAUGCAUUCAAUGGCGGAUGUUGCCGAGGAGGGUGGUCUCAAGGGUUCAAGUGAUGGUCUGCAGGCAAGCACACCUCCUACAAAGGAGCAUCCGUCCGUCGAGAAUAUCCCGGAAGAUGAAAACCCUGGUGGGAUCGGAAGUGGCAGAAUUAUUCCCACACGCGACUCUUCCCUACGACACCGCCACAGUCAGUCCUCUGGGAAGCGGAGGUCUGCUCGCCAUAGUCGAUUCCCGUCUACGGCCAGCAGAGAAUCGUACGCCGAGAAUGGAUUGCCCGGCACUAGUAAUGACGCGGAACAGGUGACGCGACGGAUCCAAGAGUUAAAGGAUCAACAACAGCGCAUCAAGACUGAGCUUGAAGUAGAUGAUGCUCCGGCAAAGUCUACCAAGGGUACCCCGGCGAAGCAACCGAAGACUCCACGCAGCACUAGCCGGGUUGACCAAAACCGUGGAGCCACGGAUGGAGCAGCUGAUAUGGAUGAUAGCGCGCCGUCGCCGUCUGUGAUGACCGGUAAAAAUCGCUCUGGAAAAUCCGGGCCCUUGGCAUCGAAGCCUACGAAUUUCCCGCCCCAGAUGCCCAAGUCGGUGUCGGAUAAGCUUGACGACAAAUCACGAUAUAGAAAAUCCUUGGAGCCCGUUACGCCUACGAGAAGCCACCGUCGAUCUCCUUCGGGUCCCAGUAUUGGAGGACGAACCUCAAUCACCAACGAGCGACCAUCGAGUGCUGAUUCAAUCGACCUGGCUGUUGAGGACUAUGUCUUUUCUCCAAAGUUGACUCAGAAGGUGGCGCAUCCUGCUACAGGUCGCAUAAUCGCAUUUUCUGAAGUUGGCAACCCCAAGGGCCAUGUUGUUCUUUGUUGUCUCGGCAUGGGAUUGACCCGAUAUCUCCCCGCAUUUUAUGACGAAUUGGCCCGUACUCUUAACUUGAGACUGGUGACAUUGGACCGCCCUGGCGUUGGUGAAAGCGGGCCACACCAACUUGACGAACCAAGCAACCCUCUCAGCUGGCCUGAUGAUGUCGCUAUUGUUUGUAACUAUUUACGAGUUACUAAAUUUUCUAUCCUGGCCCACUCUGCCGGAGCUAUUUAUGCCCUCGCUACGGCCCUUCGAAUUCCACAACAUAUCCGAGGACGCAUUCACCUUCUUGCUCCUUGGAUUCCUCCAUCUCAACUUUCCACCAUCGGCUCCCAAAAGGAACCAGCUCCAACUCAUGCCGUGCCAUACUCCCAGCGGAUCCUACGUGCCCUCCCAGCCUCUCUCCUCAAGGUGGCUAACACCAGUUUCAUGAGCGCCACUAGCGCAAGCAUCACGACCAGUCUGCCCAAGUCCCCCAAGCGAGCCAAGCGGAAGGCCGUUAAAGAAGCGCCCCCUGCAGACAACGAUUAUGUCGCACAGGAUAUCGCCGAGGCCAAGUCUCAAAGUGAGAACCCUGGGCAGUUAAGUGGAGCGAAGCUUUCCAACGUUUCUUCAUUCCGCAAGAGUGACGCCACGCUUGGAUCACGGGCCAAGUCUCCCGAAGAAGAGCGCGAAAGACAACAAGACUACGAUACUCGUCUCACACACAAGAUCUGGGAACUUGCCACGGCCAAUGCCAACCCGGCUGUCGAUCUGUUGAUCUGCCUGGAACGACGACAAACCAUUGGCUUCCGCUAUGUUGACAUUACCCGCUCCGUCGUGAUCCACCACGGCAGCAAAGACACCCGCGUUCCUGUCGAUAAUGUGCAAUGGCUGGGUAAGACUAUGCGUCGAUGCGAGGUGCGAAUCCUCGACGGCGAAGGUCACGGUCUCAUGGCUUCAGCCAGUGUGAUGGGCAGUGUUCUUACGGAGAUUGCCAAAGAAUGGGAAGACUGGACUACCAUUGUCCAGGGUAAACGCCGAGCCACUGCUUCACACUCUACUCGACCCAGUCUUUCGAUCCCAACCUGA